AGCAGCAGAAGCUAACGGGCAGCGGCAGCAGCAGCGGAGCCGUUACCAGCAGAGUCAACACAGUGCUGCUCUCACCGCCCGUGUUUGCUCGGUUUGCGGAGGGUGUAACGACACCGUACACACUCGAUAACAAGUCGUCACUUUUUUCAUCCUCUCGUCAGCCUCGUUCUCCAUGUUACCGGUGCGCAUGGCGCUGAAAAGGUCGGUGAGGUGUUUUGCGGACAAGAGAUCAUCCAGCUAAUGUUAGCUAGCCGCAGCCAGCCACGGACUGCACGGUGCGGACUGGAGAGCGGAGAAGCUCGGUGCUGCUGGCCGCUCUACUCACGGACGGACGGACGGACGGACGGGACGGACAGACGUCGGUGUUAAGCUGAACGAUGGGCCUCAUAUUCGCCAAACUGUGGAGCUUCUUUUGUAACCAAGAGCACAAGGUGAUCAUUGUGGGACUUGACAAUGCAGGGAAAACCACUAUCCUCUACCAAUUUCUGAUGAACGAGGUGGUCCACACGUCACCCACCAUCGGCAGCAACGUGGAAGAAAUAGUGGUGAAGAACACCCACUUCCUGAUGUGGGAUAUAGGAGGGCAGGAGUCUCUCCGGUCCUCCUGGAACACCUACUACUCCAACACAGAGUUCAUCAUUCUGGUGGUGGACAGCACAGACAGAGAGAGGCUGGCCAUCUCUAAAGAGGAGCUCUACAGGAUGCUGGCUCAUGAGGACCUGCGGAAAGCAGCUGUGUUGAUAUUUGCCAAUAAGCAGGAUAUGAAGGACUGCAUGUCUGCUGCAGAGAUCUCCAAAUACCUCACCCUGAGCUCCAUCAAAGACCACCCCUGGCACAUACAGUCCUGCUGUGCACUUACAGGAGAGGGAUUAUGCCAAGGCCUUGAGUGGAUGACCUCCAGAGCUGGACUCAGAUAGCCCCUUCCUCCGCCGUCGAUGGCCUGACUACCUGCACCGCCUCCGAGGUGGCAACAGCUUGUCCUUACUGGCUUAUUGUUACUUUUUAUUUUUUUAACGACAGACUUCAAUGACUGCACAGGACGGGAGCAUCGUCCACAGAAUCAUCGUUACGGUGGAGCUGGUGCUUCUCCUGAUCGGUGGGAAUCGGAAAGACCUGCUCACGAACCGAGCAGCGUCUUUAACGGGAUGUUAUUCCAGAGGAGGGCUGCGUGGACUCUCAACAUUUACACUACGUACAUAUCACGUCGCAUUACACCGAAUCAUAUCAGAGUUUGCCAUAAACACUACGUUGGAGCCCAAAUCUGGUGCAGCUCUGUUGUUAUUAUUUUUAUUUUUUUUUUGCCUUUUGUAUAAGUUUGUUCAGGUAAAAUUCGACAAACAAAGGGAUUACAAGCAGUAUUUGUAAAAGCAGUUUCAGUGGAAGUCGUGGCACUAAGUUGUUACUCCGCACAAUGAUUUUACAAGGAUAUGUUCUCAUGAUUGUUUUGUUGUUUUUCCGUUUUCAUUCUCAGCACAGCUAUUGAUAUCUGUUACAUCCGUUUUCAGUUUCAUAAGCUACACUGUCGGUGGUAUUUCUCACUCUAGGACUUAUAUUGGUGCCGUAAUGAAAUGUGGUAAAAGUACGAAAUCCUAUUUUUAAUAACUGUGAGCCUGUACUUGUAUGUUAUUGAGCCAAAUGGUGUCGAUUCAGAGUGUCGGCAUGCGAAAUUUACCUUCAUCUAACCUCUGAAAAUAAAUUUUAAAUUAACCCUACGACGUUAUUUCAGAUGCAAGUACAAAGCUCAGUUUUAAUAACAGUAUUUUAAAUGUAAACACUAUGUUUUCUAAAUGAUGCGUUAUGACUUUUAUUUAAUUUUAUUUUCGCUUUAUAGACUUGUUUUCCAUCGGGGGCAGGUUGCGAUCUCGACCCAUUUUGUAUUAACAGAUGGUCUCUGAUUUGCCUCCGCCUCCUUUUUAUUAAUUUUCUGCAGCCAUUUUGGCGCCAUAUUCCUCUUUAAACGUUUUGUACUUUUUAAACAGACAUCGGAAUAAGCCACCGCCAAUCAGGUGCCACACAUUUACGGGAUGUUGUUACUCUUAAACCUGUCGGACCUGAGCGUUCAGCGGUUUGGUAGCAUAACGACGACGCUAACUCAGAAAGAUCUGGCCGUGGUACAGUUAAAAUACUUGAUCCUCAGCCUUAACAGAGCUGUUCUGGAGGACCGCAUGUGUUCAAAAUCUGCCCAUGACUUUCACCUUCGUCUCCCUCUGUAACCUGGUAGAAGAAUUCCUUGAACUUGCUAACAGAUCUAUGCACGUGUCACUUUGAAACCUUGUAUACCUUCUACAAGAUCUAUAGUGGCCAAAAAGAAAAAAAAAAGGAGGAUGUGCAUGAGUUUCAUAGCAGAGAUGAGAAAACUGGCGUCCAUCUUGGUGUGGGAGUGCCGCUGGGUCUCUGGAACAUUUUGUUCGUAGUUUGGGGGGCGAGGUCUUUUUACACAAACAGGAAGCAGGCGAAGCGUGCAGCCGCCAGACUUCUUCGCAGCAUUAAGGUUUACAGCUUUUACCUUGAGCUCACAAAGCAAGAGAACUGGUCAUAUAGUGUGUGUGGUGAUGUCUAGUCUGGGUCCUGUACUGUACUUCAGUUUUGUUUUCAAUAAAGGCUUGUUUUGAACUUUGA